UUUAGUCACAAAGUAAUUCCAACUUUACUUAAUUCGAUUAUUACACAACUUAACGCGCAAAAUAAAAAACUACAUACUUGUACCACCAAAUGGGCUCUUAUUUUAAAAAAAUUCCACAUUCCAUAUACAAAGAUAAAAACUAUACUCCCAACUUUACAGCUUGCCGUGACAUAAUUGGGAAGUCAUGAAUGACGAUUGACGGCCCUAACUUUACCAAUGAUAGUUAUUUACCUGGAAGUCGCGACAUAAAGUCCUCGGCAUAGCAUUAAUGGCCGGUGCGAAAGCUUAUACGGAUUGGUCGCUUAACUGCACCUCAUCCGAUCCCUGAACUCAUCGAUCAUUAUCAUCUCCGGCCAUCUAUCCAUUAUUCAACUGAGCACUUAUAUAUACAUACAUGAUGAUGGCCAUUGUUGGAGUUGAAAAACUACCCACCAUUCUGUACAUUGUUGCCCUUGGAUCACUCAUGGUUGCUUAUCUGGUCAUCUGCUACCUUAUUCUCGACCAUAUCGGUGAAAGCGAUGACGAGGAACCGCCCUUUCCAGCUGAAAGAUUUUCUGGAUUAUCGUAUGAAGAGCUGCAAGAAAUAGGCUGUUUCUAUUAUGGUGCAAGGGAAGAGGCGGAAAGCUCGCCAUCAUCAUCAAUAAUAUGGUGUGCUAUUUGCCUUGAUAGUGUCCAGGAAGCAGAGCUGUGCAGAAGCUUCCCAGCAGGUUGCAGCCAUGUCUUUCAUGCCCAUUGCAUUGACCCUUGGCUCUUAAAAACACGCACUUGCCCUACUUGUCGGUCUCCAUAUAUACACAUCUCCACAACCAAUAAGUUUCUGCGUUGAAUAAUUAAUUUAAGCGCAUAAUUUAUGUAUGAAGUAUAUACAUAUAUAUAGUCGUAUAGAUAGAUAUGGCUGGCCAGGGAGUGGUUCCGGCAAGAAUAGAUCUUAGGAGAACAAUGAGAACGAAUCUGGACCGUUGGAUUGUAUUAUGUGGAACCAAAUUGUGC